AACAAGAUCUUAUAGCACUCACGGAAACUAUGCGUAAUCAACACGGUAGUUUUAUGGUAAUUACUGGAAAAGUUGCAUUGCUACAUGAAGCCGCACCUGUUUUAUCCCUCAUUGAAACCAUGUCGCCGAGGGAGUUGGCACAAACAAUCUCGAGAAUACCAACAGCCAGUCAAACACAGCAAACCAAUACAUUCCAACAAUCAAGUUUACUCUCUUCAUUUAAGCG